AUUUGUGGAUGCUAUUUUUCUACUAGCUGUCAUCGCAGUACCAAAUUUUAUACUGAUCCUGUUGAAGCUGUAAAAGAUAUACCCAAUGGGGCAACUAUACUUGUUGGUGGUUUUGGAUUGUGUGGCAUCCCUGAAAACCUCAUUGGUGGUUUACUGAAGACUGGAGUGAAAGGAAUAACAGCAGUCAGUAAUAAUGCAGGUGUUGACAAUUUUGGACUUGGUCUUCUGCUUCAGACUAAGCAGAUAAAACGCAUGGUGUCAUCAUAUGUUGGAGAGAAUGCUGAAUUUGAACGCCAGUAUUUAUCUGGUGAGCUUGAAGUUGAGCUUACACCUCAGGGCACACUUGCUGAACGCAUCAGAGCAGGAGGAGCAGGAAUCCCAGCAUUUUACACCAGUACUGGCUAUGGGACUUUGGUGCAAGAAGGAGGUGCACCUAUCAAAUACAACUCGGAUGGCACCAUUGCCAUUGCCAGCCAGCCAAGAGAGGUGCGAGAGUUUGAUGGCCGUCACUUUAUCCUGGAAAAGUCAAUUACGGGAGAUUUUGCUCUUGUGAAGGCAUGGAAGGCUGAUCGUGCAGGAAACAUAAUUUUCAG